AUGUCUUGUUAUUUUCGGCAGAAUUCUAAUUGCGAAAUCACUGUACCUAAAUUCAGAACAAUUGAGUCGCAAUCGGUGGUCUAUUACGACAUCAAGAUAAAAGUUGGUCAGAUCGAGUGGCUUGUGACUCGUCGAUAUAAAGAUUUCGACAAUCUCAACGAAAAGCUGGUUGAGGAGAUAAGUAUAUCCAAAAAACUUCUUCCUCCGAAAAAGAUAGUUGGAAACAAAAACCCAGCGUUCUUGGAACAGAGACGUGCACAGCUUGAGAAAUACCUCAAGGAGCUGCUGAUCUUCUUCCGAAUACAACUGCCAAGAGUACUGGCUGAAUUUCUGGAAUUUAACAGAUAUGACAUUAUCUAUCUAUUGCAAGAUUUAGCAGAGCAUUUCAAUGAAAAUGGGGAGUCCUUGUUGCGCACGAAGAAAGAAUUUCAUUUCUCCGCUCUUGAGGUAUAUGCGAUUAGUGAACGUUUAAAUCUGCCUUGCCCACCGGAAAGUAUAGAGCAUCGAGGUAAAUUUGACUUUUCUCAUGUCUUGGAUGUUUGCUCCCAACUGGAAGUCAUACAAAUAACACCAGUCAAGGGCAACGAAGAUACGUUCGGCAACGACUACAACACUGUCGAUGUUCCCAUUGGUCGCAGCAAUAUCAUCCCAAAGAAUUUGAAGUUCAAUUUGAAUGCAUUUCGAAAUCUGAUAUGUUUGAAAAUAUUCGCUAUACCAUCAGAGAAUAUUAUUGACAUAGCUUUGCUGAAACCCUCUCUUCAAAAAAUAUGUGUCCACAAUACAACUAUAACAUCCAUUAAUCAAGUUCUGCUAUGCGAUGAUGUCCACAAGGAUACUUCAAUUGAUGUUCCUUCAACAGAAGAUAUAUCGCUCAAUCGAUCGUCGACCUGUAUGAGCAAUUCGUCUCCAUCCUUAGCCAAGACAGCCAUUACAACUAAUCGGACAUGGUAUAAUGUAACUGAGCUUGAUUUUACUAGUAAUCUACUUACCCACAUCGAUGAAAGUAUCCGAACCGUGCCGCAAAUUCGAGUGUUGAGCUUAGAACAAAACCGCCUGCGUAAUAUUAAGAAUUUGGCCGAACUUCCACAUUUACAAGUAUUGAAUCUGUCAAUAAAUCUAAUAGCCGAUUGCAAUGACUGGCACUUGGAAUUGGGUAAUUUGGUUACUUUGAACUUGUCGCAGAACAAACUGAAAUGCAUAAGAGGUCUGAGGAGACUCUUGUCGCUAGUAAAUUUGGACAUUAGCUGCAAUCUUAUUGAUGACCUGGAAGAAGUGGACAAUAUCGCAUCGUUACCCCUAUUGGAAACAUUGCGAUUAACAGGAAAUCCAUUGGCUAGCAGUGUUGAUUAUCGACCAAGAGUGCUAUCCAGAUUUCACGAACGAGCUUCCGAAAUUGUAUUGGACAGCGAAAAAGGUUCACAAAAGGAAUUGGACACCGCUUUGGUUUUAUCAGCGAUUCUAAUCUCUCGACUUAGACAGAAAUCACAACAGUAG